AUGGCCCGGCGGCUCCGCUGCGGGGCGCCGGGACCGGACCGGACCGGACCGGACCGGACCGGACCGGACCGGACCGGACCGGGUCCCCACUGGACGUACGAGGGUCCCCGGGGACAGCGGCACUGGCCCGAGGGGCACCCAGCGUGCGGGGGCCGCUCCCAAUCCCCCAUCGACAUCGGGACGCGGCGGGCGCUGCCGGACCCCUCGCUGCCCCCCCUGCGCCCCGUGGGCUACGGCCGCCCCCCUGCCGCCGCCUUCGGCCUCGCCAACAACGGCCACACCGCGGUGCUGGCGCUGCCGCCCUCGCUGCGCCUGGGGGGGCUGCCCCGCAGCUUCGCGGCCGCUCAGCUCCAUUUCCAUUGGGGCCGAAAUGGGGGGGCCGAGCACCUCCUGGAUGGGUACCGGGCACCCGCCGAGAUGCACGUGGUGCACUACGACGCCGAGCGCUACGCCAACGCCAGCGAGGCCCAGCACCACGCGGCCGGGCUGGCCGUGCUGGGCGUCCUGCUGGAGGCCGGCGACGAGCCCAACCCAGCCUACGACAACAUCCUGAGCCACCUCGGCAGCAUCCGCUACGCCGGGCAGACGACCUCCGUCCCCUCCUUCAGCGUGCGGGACCUGCUGCCCGAGCGCCUGGACCGCUACUACCGCUACAACGGCUCCCUCACCACCCCGCCCUGCUUCCAGAGCGUCCUCUGGACCGUCUUCCAGCAGCCCGUCCGCAUCGGCCGGGCCCAGCUGGAGCAGCUGCGGGGUUCCCUUUACGCCACGGCGGCCGACGAGCCCGCGCCCGAGCGGCUGGAGGAGAAUUUUCGGGCCCCCCAGGACCUCAACCAGCGGCUGGUGCUGUCGUCCUUCGCCAGCGGUCCCGAGGGAUAUUCGACCGGUGAAGUCGUCGCCAUCGUCUUCGGCACCGUCUUCGGCUGCCUCGGCCUCUUCCUCGCCGUCCAUUUCGUGAGCAAGAGGCUCCGCGCGAGGAGCAGGCAGCACCAGGACGUCGUCUUCAAAGCCUCCUCGCGCCGCUCGGCCGAGAGCCACCGGCCCUGAGCCAGGAUGCGCCCAGCCGCCCCCCCCGCCCUCCCCCCGAGAAAAAAGGGUGCUGGGGGGGGCUCGCCCCCAUCCCCCCCCCCCCAAGGCUGGCAGCUCCUGCCCUGCCCCCGCUGCACGCCAAGCCCCUUCCCCCCCCCCGCGCAGGGGCUGGGAGCAGAGCAGGAGGGGGGGGGGGGGGGAGUCGCCGACCCCGUUCCCACCCCGACCCCAUCCCACGAAGCUCCUCGGUGCCACGCAGUCACUAUUAAAAGGGUUUUACUCU